CGGGAUUGGUGCUGGAAUUCGGUGCGCCGAGUUGUUCCUUGCUCGAUUAGACUUCCGGUUCGGUUCGCUUCGUUCCAAUCGGGGUUUGCUGCUUCCGCCGCCACCGGUGCGCUCCGAGCUGCUCAAGCUGGGCGCCGGAUACCCUCUCGGGCUGCCCGAUCUGAUUCAGUCCCCAACACCACCCCCGCUCCGCCGCUGUGGCUGCCGCUCCCCUCCCCGCUGACUCCGGCGCCAUUUCGACCCGCGCGGCCGGAUCCUUGGAUGGUUCCGAUCGAUCCGGGACCAAGAGACCCAAGGCUUCGUCACCUCACCCGGGCCCCGGCGCCGGUGGAUCCAUGGCCGGGGAGAAGGCGCCGCGCGCGUUCUCCAUCGAGGAGCUCCCGGGCCACCUCAUCGGGGAGGUCCUGACCUCGGGUGGGCUCGCUGCCGCCGACCUCGCGAGGCUCGAGGCCACCUGCCGCGCGCUCAGGCCGCUCGCCGAGUACGCCGCGUCCAAGCUCUGCGCCGCGCGGGCGGCGUUCGCUGCCAUGGGGCCAGCCGCCCGGGGUGAGCUGCUGGAGAGGUGCGGGGGAAGCUGGAAGAGGGUGCUCAGGUUCCUGCAGUCCGUAGAGCAGUCGUCAGGCACCGUCGAGACCUCAUCGGGCAGCAUGCAAGUAGCCACAGGAAGAUAUCACACACUUUUGGUCCAUGACUCUUCUGUCUAUUCUUGUGGAUCCAGCUUGUGUGGUGUGUUAGGUCAUGGCCCAGAUACUACACAAUGUGCAGCAUUCAGUCGGGUUUCCUUCCCAUCACUUUCCCGUGUUAUAAACAUCUCUGCUUCACACAACCAUGCUGCUUUUGUUACGGAGUCUGGGGAGGUUUUCACCUGUGGUGAUAAUUCAUCAUUAUGCUGUGGUCAUGGCGAAGUGGGGAGAACUAUAUUUCGACCAAUGCAAGUAGAAGCGCUUAAAGGGAUUCCCUGCAAGCAGGUUGCUACUGGUCUAAGUUUUACUGUGAUUCUUACAAGGGAUGGACAAGUAUAUACUUGUGGAAGCAAUACACAUGGCCAACUUGGUCACGGUGACACCAUAGACAGGGCCACUCCAAAGCUUAUAGAAUUGUUUGAAGGCCCCACUCAGGUGGUGCAGAUUGCAGCCGGCGCAAGCUACACUUUUGCUGUAACAGAUGAUGGGACUGUUCAUUCGUUUGGGUCUUGCACUAAUUUCUGCCUUGGACAUGGGGAUCAGCAUGACGAACUUCUUCCUCGUGCAAUCCAAUCAUUUAAGAGGAGGAACAUUCAUGUAGUCCGUGUUUCUGCUGGAGAUGAGCAUGCUGUGGCUCUUGAUGCACUAGGACACGUUUAUACUUGGGGCAGAGGAUACUGUGGAGCCUUAGGUCAUGGUGAUGAGAACGAUAAAACUAGCCCAGAAUUGAUCGGCAGCUUGAAGGGCCAAGUUGCUGUGCAGGUAUGUGCAAGGAAGAGGAAGACGUUUGUCCUCACGGACGAGGGCUCAGUUGUUGCGUUUGGAUGGAUGGGUUUUGGGAGUCUAGGGUUUCUUGACCGAGGAACAUCAGACAAAGUAAUGAGGCCCCGCGUUCUUGAGAGCCUGCAGGAUCACUACGUCUCCCAAAUAAGCACCGGACUGUAUCACACUGUCGCAGUGACAAAUAAGGGCAUUGUAUUCGGGUUCGGGGACAACGAGCGAGCACAACUUGGGCAGGAGUACAUUCGUGGGUGCUUAAAACCUACCGAGAUAAUGUUCCAAAAGAGUAUCGAAGACAUACCAAUUGCGGCGCCUAGUGGUUGACCUCAAGGCCAAGAGGCCAAGACCACCAUUUUGGACACUGUUGCCUGCAUAUAUGUUGUACUUAUAUUGAAAUUCUUCUCGGUAAGUGUAUUUUAUACUUUGUGAUUUGUGAUGAACGGGGGAGGACGGAAGAGCAAAGUUGGAGGACAGUGUUGUGUUGUGUAGCCAAAGAAGCAUGUAGUUUAGUAACGUGUGAUGUACCGAAUAAUUCAACCCACCAUUUUUAUUCUGUAUAAAAUUUAUUGGUGUGUUUGUAUUC